ACCAGCAAGAAAAAAAUGUUGGAAGGCUGUAGUGGUCCGGGAGAACCCGAUAUAAAGGAAGGUUCGGGAGCUCGCAGAGCGCCAGACGCUGACUCUCAGCUGAAGACACUGGAAGCUUUCCUCACUUGUCAUCAUGCGAACAGUGAGUACCCUUCCCCGCUUCCUUCUUCUCGCCAGUCUGUCACCACGAUACACUCACAGCAUCCACCAUCUCAUGGAAGUCUGACACUCUUGCUGGUGGUGGCAGUGGCCCUGACGGCGCUGGUGGUGGUGCAGGCCAUGCCCAAUCCAAUCCCAGAUCCAAACCCGGAUCCUGAGGCUCUUGCAAACCCUGAGGCCCUCGCAGACCCUGAUGCCCUCGCAGACCCUGACCCGUUCAGGUACGGGAGGUAUGGCGGAUAUGGAGGCCGUAGGGGCUAUGGCUAUGGACGCGGCCACUAUGGGGGCUAUAGAAGGUAUGGCCGCGGACGUUACUAUGGGUAAUCGGAAGCAAGCAUCGGGCUGACGUGGGGGAACGAGUGAACCAAGAGCGCUGUGCACGUCACUCACGCAGACUCAAGUAAAGGAGGAGAGGGAUGACAACCACAGCCAUGCCACCACCACCACCACCGCACCUGACGCUGCCGCUGCUGCCUCUACCCACCUCUCCUCCGCCGACUCCCUCUCCCCCGGCACAUCCAGCCUUACAGGUUUUCCUAUAUCAAUAUAAAUUUUCUGUUAGUAAUUCUCGCUCCAUCUUUUCUUCAAAAUCACAAUAAAGUGUAGCAAAUAUA